AUGCAUCCCGGUCGGUGCAACGAGCCGGAUCCCAGCGCUCAGGAUAAUUUUCAUGAACCCCUGCAUAAUUUUUCUUGUUUUCUUACGACCACCGCUUCUUUCCCCCGAAGCUAGCCUCACCUUUUUCCCACGACCCCCACACCCACUGCCACCCCCAAAUCGUGUGUGUGCGCGGUUCGGGUGGAAUCGGUGCGGCCGGCGGCGAGUGGCAAGCGGCUGCAGCCCAAUUUGCGGCGCACGAGAGCAAAAGCGUGGCGGUGGCUCGGGCGCGGUGGGCCACGGGGGCCGGCGCGCCGGCGGUGGCGGCUCGGGCGGUGGCUGGUGUCUCGGACGCGGUCGGCCAUGGGCGUCCUACCCUCUCCACGUCCCCAGUUUCUCUCGCCGCCGCGCCUCGUCCAGCUCCUCGCGCGGCCUCCUGCGCCUCCGGUAUCCACCGACGCUGACCCUGUCUCUUUCCGAUCUCCCAAGGCCAACCAAUCGAUUCCGCCUCGGCCGCCGACCGCCGCCAUACGCCGACCCCCGUCUCGCCGCCGCUGGGCUCCGUGGUAGCAUCCACGGGCGCUCGGAUUCGGCUCCCAUCUCCCCAAGGUAACCAACCCAACUGAUUCCUCUUUCUCCUCCUCUGUAUCUCUCUGAUUUAUUUAUUUUAGGCAAGAAUCACUGAUUAAUUCGAGCGCAAUGGAGCCUUGCUGAAUUCUUCAUCUCCUUUGUUUCUUCAAUUCUCGUGCACGGUGUUCUGGAGAGCCAGAUCUGCCGCUCUUUCUCUUGCCUCCACCCUACGCUGUGAGCUUUCCCCGCCUGCUCGAGGUCGCGCCGUCAGCCGCCACCAAGUCACCGGCCACCGCCCCAAGGACCUCCGCUGUAGCUGUUAUUCGAGACAAAAAAUAGCCGAGGAAGCAUACAAUAAGGCUGCAGUGUGUCGUGAACACUAUCAUUAAAGCGCAAGACUACUCCCAGGACGAAGGAAGCCACGUUCGUAUGCAACCAAAGUGUGAAGUGGCAGCCAAAAAACCUCAUCUUCUUCAUGCAUACAUGCACUCAAGAGGCUAUAAAGAAGAUGCAUCAUGACCAAGAAGAAAGGAGAGGUAAAUAAUGCAUGGGAGCACUAUUUGAGCCAGCCAUAUUGCCUAUAAAAGGAGUCUCUUGCUGCAACGGAGGACACACAACAUCGCUGAGAACACAAGCCUUCAGUAGCAGAGAGAGUGAGCAGCUAGCGAGCAAACUAUCUGCUCUCUAGUAGUGGUAGUAGUAGUACCUCUUCCCACUGUAAUAAAGCCAAUAUAAUCAAGGCAGUGUAACAUAAGGACGGGAAGGUAGUAAGGUAAUUACCUUAUCUUUGUGUAAAACCUUCGGGAGUUCCCGAAAGGAAAAACCAUAUGUAAGCUACAUUGUGAAAUGAAGUAGUUUAGUAUUUCCCUUGGUCUUGUUAAAUGUGUUUAUACGGGUGGGUGCUUAUGCUAGGGAUCCUGUAGGAGAAACCUCUGCGUGUAGUUCUCUGUUAAGCCUCUCGUAUGACGUUUGAAUGAGAACCUUGUAACCGUAGAGAAGUGUUCCCUUCGGAUGGAACUGCUUGGGAAGACGAUAAGAAACCACCCAUAUAAACUUGUUUAAAAACACCUAGGGAAAUAAACUUAGCUACUCCUGAAGCAAUAUAGUGAAAAAUAGGGUGAGUACUGAGUAGGAUUUUUACACCACUGCACGAACCGUCGGUAGCUCCGUUGGCCUCACCAGCCUUAAAAGAUCAUGUAAAAGAUAAUCAUAAUAAUUAAAUAUUAAUCAAACAUAUAAUUUAAUAUUAGUUGAUAUAACCUGAAUAUUUAGUAUCUAAUAUUUAUAUAAAGUAUUUAUGGUAUCAGAGCUAGGUUUAAUCAUUGAAAGAUUAAAAUAUCUAGACUUGAAGUUAGCGCAGGUAAAGUUAUCAAUACUAAAGAAAAUAUUGACAUCAGGUGCAGAAUAAAUCCCUCUGAAGAUCAUAUUUGGCAUACUGCUCAUAGUCAGCUAAAUACAAUUGCUGAUCUGAUAUAUAACUUUUUUAUAUCUUGGGGAAAAAGGCAAGAUAACUUAGAUAAAAAAUUUGAAUUUAUACUUAAAGAAUACCAAAAACUCGCAGAAAAAUACUCAGGGUUGAAUAAUAAAAUUGAUUUUGUUCUGCAUAAACUAGAAGAAGCCAAAGCAAAACAGAACAUAGUCUGCAAGAAUAACGAUUACGUUAAAGAAGAACUCUUAUCCAUUGGAAAAAAUAUUGGACAUUGUCUAAAUAAAAAUAGAGACCCUUUACCAAGCGCUGAAACAAAACAAGAGAUAACUGAAAUUAAAAGACUAGUUCAAGAAGUAAAAACCUUGAUCCUCUCGUAGUUUGCACGAACGAAUAUAGCGAAGCAUUAGAAGAAGUAGCAAAAUAUUUAACGCCGCCAGUUGGCUUUUCUGACCAUGAUUCUCCAAAGGAAGAUUCAAAAAUAAUAAUAAGACAAAAUAAUACAAUCCUUCAGUUAUUAAUUCAGAUUUUAGAUAAAAUAAACAACGAUCAAAGUAACAAAGAUAUUGUGUUAGCAUCAUCUGGAAUAAUUGCAUCACCAAGGAAUAUUAAUUCAGAAAAAUGGACUUAUCUAAAAGCCUCAUUAGAAGAGACAGAAACCUCCAGUUAAUAAGGCAAGAUUCAAGGCCUCUAACAAUGAUGCAUAGAAUGUCAUGUAGCAAGGCUGAUGACAUUGGGAGUUUAGAAGAAGUUAUAGACUUAGAAAGAGAUUUGGAAAGGUAUCAAAAGGAUACACUGAAAAAAUUAAAGCCACAGCAGGUGUAACACAUGGGAUUGUUUGAAGGAAGAAGUGGAUUGUAUAGAAUAUCCAAAGAAGUAGAGUUAAGUGUGUUAACACAUCCAGUUGAAUUAAGAAUUGUGAGCAAGAAUAUUGAAAAUGAACUAAAAUAUUGUGGGUAUAAAUAUAUUCAUCAAGGUAUGUAUAUCAUAGGAGUCAAAGGAAUGACAAGAAAGAAAUUAGGAGCGAAUGUAUUAAUAACACUAUUAGACAAAAGAUGUGGAUUAGUAGAUAAAGCUUCAUUAGGCUUCAUGGAAGGAGACAUGAAUGAAAAUAGAUUAAUAACCGAUAUAGCCCCAGAUUUAAUGAUGCCUGUGAAGGAAUUUAUUGAUAAAAUGAGUUUUGGGUUCCGGACUAAAGGAUAUGAAGAAUUUAAAUGUACAAAUUUAUUAGUAAGUAUAGAAUUUAUAGGAAGACUAACUAACAAAAGCCGCUCUAAAUAUAGAGUAAAUGUAGAUGAUGUAAUUGAAAGCAUGCAAUCAAAAGGUAUAAAAUUCAUGAGUCCUCUUAAAAUAAGCUCUGAAGAAAGAGCAGGAGAAGAAUGGAAAAUAAGCGAGCUAAUAGAGAAGAAAGAAUUAAAGCAACCUAAUAACUACAUAAGCUAUCAAAAUUGUGAAGGAACUAGUAGCAUUAGAUUCACAAAUUAUAAAACCGCAACCAUGGAUGAUACUGAAUCUUUCGUUUCUGAAUCAGAGUUUAGUGAAAAUAAAAAUAGUGGUGCAUCUGAAUACAUGGAAAAGGCAGAUUUAGACGAUGAAAUAAUUCAUUACGAAGGAAAAUUGAAACAUAUAGAAUGUGAAUAUAAUAAUUCUAUGACAAAAGAUUGGCCUAAGAUAAGAGAAAAGGAAUUGGUUUUCAUUAGAGAGAUUGCAAGACUUAAAAGAUUAAAAAAAUUGAGAAAAAGCAUGCCAUUAGUAGUUCAAUCGUAUUAAAUAACAAUAUAACGACACAAGAAAAUAAGGUUGGAAAUAGUAAGAACAAUAAUACGAUCCAGAGCCACAAAAAUAUAGAUGUAGAUGAAGAGAAGUAGUGGGACAUAAAUAAUAAGUUAUUAACAGAAAGUUAUGAAGAAGAAGAAGAAGAAUUAAUGAAAGAAUUGCUUAAAGAAGAUGAAAUUUUUGAUGGGUCUGAGGAAUAUAGUGAUUUUAUAAACUCCCUAGAUGAGGUGGGUUUACAUAAUUUAGAAAAUUCAAUGGAAGCUAUGUAAGUACAAAUGACUAGGAAAAGAAGAAGAGCAUAUGGUGAUAGUUCAGUAAAGAGUGAAGGAGCAAGAGAGAGACCUACCAGGGCAGGUAGAAAAUGGCCCUUAGAAAAAGAUGACUUCCAACCAACUUAUAUUCCUGGACAAUACAAAUAUAUGGGAUCUAGGAGAAGAGAUUUUGAAAAGCCCGUACAAUUUCAAAAUUUUAGGAAUGAUGGGGCAAUAUUAAAUCUAGCAGCCCAUGACCCGGUAGAUUGGCCUAAUAUAAUUAGCAUAUGGAAAGGUUUAAUAGUUCAGAUAUAUAUACAAAAUCAGCAUAAUAUAGGUAAUAAGGUGGAAGAUAUGAUAACAUAUCUUGAAAGUUUUCUAGGAGAAUCUGCAAAGGUUUUAUGGGAGCAAUGGGUAGAGUCAUAUCCUAAUCAAUAUGAAGAAUUAAAAAGGGCUAGAAGUAAUCCCCAUAACUUUGCCAAUAUUAUAUCAAGCAUAAUCAUAACAGAAGAUCCAGAUAUGGGACAUACCACAUUGCAGAAUGAGAGAUUGAGAGAAAUAGAAAACUUAACACUAACUAGUUGGAAAGGUAUAAAAGAAUUUUCUCAGCAUUAUUUAUACAAUGCUACCACUUCUAAGCAAGGAUAUAAUAAAUGGGUAGUUGAAAGAUACUUCAAUAAAUUACCUGAUCCUUUAGGAUCUAUAAUAUUUGAAGAGUAUAAGAAAGAAUCAAAGGGAAAUGUUGCAAAUAUAUCUCAGGCCAUAACAUUUGUAUUUAAACAACUAAGAAAGGUAUGUACGAAUAUACAAGCUCAAAGAUCUAUGAAAAAAUCAGACUACAAUUUCUGCAAUAAUAUUGUUCAAAUACCACUAACCUAUGGAGAAAAUAGGCAUAGAAAUAAAAAAUAUGACAAACCACAGAGGAGAGAUAAUAGGAACUUUAGGACAAAGAAAAUAUAUUUCUUAAGAAGGUCUGAUAAUAGAGCUCCUUAUCUACAUAAGAGAAAUGUAAGAAGAUGCGAUCCUAGAAAAUCUUAUGAUAAGACAUGUAGAUGUUUUAUAUGUAAUUCACCAGAUCAUCUAAGUAAAACAUGUCCUAAUAAAGAUCAGAAAAGGUACUCUAGUAAAUAUGAAGAGCAAGAAAGAGUGUUAAUUAUAGAUAGCGUUAACGAGAAUAUCCUAGUAUGUGAUGAGGAAAUAAAAGAUGAUGAGUCGAUAUAUUCAAUCAUAGAAACAGAUGAAGUAGAAAAUGAGACUUUAGAAGAUAAAUCGAGCGAAGAUGAAUUAGACCUAAUAGACGAUUUAGCAGAACUAAAAAUUGAAAUGAUGAAUCAAGUACAUUGUGAACACGAUGGGAUUAGAGGUAAAUGUGAUUAUAACAUGAAAUGUGCCUUUUGUAUAUAUUAUCCAAGCCAAGAAAAUAGGUCCACAUGCAGCUUAUGCUUAAAACAAGCGUGUGCAUCUUGUUUAAAGGCUAGAAAUCAAAGUUGGAGACAGGAAAUAGAAUGUGAACCAAAAGAACGAAUAUGAUCUAGUAGAGUUAGAAACUUAGAGAACAGAAUAAAUAAACUAGAAGCAGAACUAGAAGAAAUAAAAUAUAAUUUAGAAAAUAAAAAUAUUAUUAAUAAUCGAGAUCAAGAAGGUAACAUUAUCAAAAAUGCAGAAUUAAAAGAGCAAAUGAUCACAGUAAAAGAAAGAAAAGGGGACAUGUUAAUCCAGCUAAAAGAUGCUAUUACUAGUUUUGGAAACAAAUACAUAUUACGUUUACCAUUUAAGGAAGUGUUAGGAAUAAGAAUUCCAGUCAAAAUAAUAUUAAAACCAAAUAUUUCCUAUAAAAUAUUAGCACUAUUAGACACAGGGUGCACAAAGAACAUCAUUCAUGACAAGUAUUUUGCGAGAUGUCCUGAAAUAGUUAAAACUAUAGACAACGAUAAAGCUGAAGUCUCCACAGACAUGUCAGGAAUACAAAAGAUUCACAAUCAAUUGGCCUAUAUUAUUGAAUCUUACAUAAAUGGAACAAAAUAUAUUAUAGAUGAAAUUACAAUUAGAGAUUUGUCAGUAAUAAAGGAUGACAUGAUACUGGGUUUAAGAUUUUUACAACAAUCUUUACAAACCACUAUUAUACAUGAAGAAGGAGUUACAUUCAUCCCAUAUCAAGAUAACGUUCCAUACAUAUCUGAGAUUAUAAGACAGAGAAAAUCCAUACAAAAUGCAGAAAUAUCUAAUAUGGAUAAAGAAUAUAGUGCCAAUGAAGACCCUCUUGAAAUCUGCAAAGAAGAAGAGCUUAGUAAUGCCAUAGAAGAAUACCAUAUAGAAAAUACAUGUACAGAAUGUAUAGGUUUACAAUCAUUCUCACCAAAUUGGUAUAGAGAUAUAAAAACCAAGAAAGAUAUAGACAAAAUAGUGCAAAAAUUAGAAGACAUACAAAUCAUUGGAGAAAUACCAAUGAAACAUUGGGAUAAGAACUCCAUAGUCUGCAAGAUAAAUAUUAUCAAUCCUGAUUACAUAAUUAAGUCAGGACCAAUAUAAGCUACUCCUAAGGAUGUAGAAGAGUUUAAUAUGCAUAUCGAAGAGUUACUAAAAUUAAAAGCUAUUAGGGAAAGCAGAAGUCCUCAUCGAUCUGCCGCCUUUAUAGUAAAUCAUGCUGAAGAAGUCAGGGGAAAAUCUAGAAUGGUUAUAAAUUACAAAAGACUUAAUGAUAAUACGGUAGAUAAUGCAUUCAAUAUUCCAAAUAAGCAAGAAUGGAUUAAUAGAAUACAAGGAAGCAAAUAUUUUUCUAAGUUUAACCUAAAGGCGGGGUUUUGGCAAGUAAAAAUGGCCAAGGAAUCUAUUCCUUGGACAGCUUUUACAUGUCCUCGGGUCAUUAUGAAUGGCUAGUUAUGCCUUUAGGAUUAAAAAAUGCGCCCGCUUUAUUUCAAAGAAAGAUGCAAAAUAUUUUUAAUGAAAAUCAAUCAUUUAUAUUAGUUUAUGUAGAUAAUUUACUGGUCUUCUCAUAAUUUUACAAGGAGCAUAUUGCUCACCUUGAAGUCUUUUUUAGGAAGGUAGAACAAAAUGGGCUAAUAUUAUCUAAAAAGAAAAUGGAGAUUUGUAAAGAGAAAAUCAAUUUUCUUGGGCACGAAAUAGAAGGAAAAAUACAUCUACAAGAGCAUAUUGCAAAGAAAAUUUUACAAUUUCCUGAUUCUAUGAAUGAUAAAAAGGUUCUACAACAAUUCCUAGGGAUUGUAAACUAUGCAAGAAAUUAUAUAGGUAAUCUAGCAAAACUAGCUGGACCUUUAUAUGCUAAAUUAAGAAAGAAUGGCCAAAGGUAUUUUAAUUCUGAAGACAUAAAGUUAGUCAAGGCCAUAAAAGAAAAGGUCAAAAAUUUGAAACCUUUAGAAUUGCCAUUAGAAGAUUAUUACUUUAUAAUCGAAACCGAUGCAUCUAAAGUUGGUUGGGGUGCUAUAUUAAAGCAAAAACCUAAUAAGUACUCUCCGAAGGUAGAAGAAAAGAUAUGUAGGUAUGCCUCAGGAAGUUAUAAAUUAAAAACAGUAAAUAAUAUUGAUAGAGAAAUCCUCGCGGUAGUCCAUGCAAUAAACGUGUUUAGGCUAUACUUGGGAUUUAAAGAAUUUACAGUACGCACUGAUUGUGAAGCAAUAUGUAGAUACUAUAAUCAAAUCAAUAGUAAGAAAAGUUCUACUAGAAGAUGGGUUUUAUUUGAAGAUAUCAUAACGGGAAAUGGAUAUAAAGUUGUUUUUGAGCAUAUUAAGGGAAAAGAUAAUUGUUUACCUGACAUAUUCUUCCGUUCAUCA